GUUGAUCUAGAAAGGACAAUCAUCUUUAAAAAUUCAAAGCAGACAUGGAAAGGUAUUCCAAUCAUAGCAGCCAAUAUGGAUACCGUAGGGACUUUUGAAAUGGCAAAGACCCUAGCUAAGUACAAGUGCUUUACAACAAUACAUAAACACUAUAGUGUUGACGAGUGGAGGGAGUUUGGCGAGAACAAUAAGGAUGUGCUGGAAUAUGUAGCUGCAUCCUCUGGCAUCUCUAACGCUGAUUGGGAUCGUUUGCAGGAAAUACUCGCCAUAUUUUCUGAGAUAAAGUUCAUAUGUCUGGAUGUUGCCAAUGGCUACUCAGAAGUGUUUGUGGAGUAUGUCAGAAAGGUUCGAAAGCACUACCCACACCACACUAUACUUGCUGGUAAUGUGGUAACAGGAGAGAUGGUUGAAGAAUUGAUUCUCUCAGGUGCUGACAUUAUUAAGGUGGGAAUUGGUCCCGGAUCAGUGUGCACCACCAGAAAGAAGGCUGGAGUUGGAUACCCUCAGUUAUCGGCAGUCAUUGAGUGUGCUGAUGCAGCCCAUGGCCUUGCUGGACACAUCAUAUCUGAUGGUGGUUGCACCUGUCCAGGAGAUAUUGCCAAGGCUUUUGGAGCUGGAGCAGAUUUUGUUAUGAUGGGUGGGAUGUUGGCUGGCCAUGACCAAUCAGGAGGAGAGAUAAUAGAACGCAAUGGAAAAAAAAUGAAACAGUUUUAUGGCAUGUCUAGUGCAACAGCAAUGCAGAAGUACUCUGGUGGUGUUGCUGAAUACAGGGCAAGUGAAGGGAAAUCUGUAGAAAUCCCAUAUAAAGGUGAUGUAAAUGUCACCAUUUUGGAUAUCCUAGGUGGCUUACGAUCUGCAUGUACAUACACUGGUGCUGGUAAACUUAAGGAGCUUCCUAAACGCACCACUUUCAUUCGUGUUACUCAGCAGACCAAUGAAAUCUUUGCUGGACUCCAGUCAGAAAAGCAGUCAUGAUUAUGCCUAUAUUAAUGUUGAUUAUGAGAAGACAUUUAAUUAUAAAUAACAUAUUUUUAGCCAUCAGUUAUUCUGAAUUUUUUAUAUAGUACUUUUUAUAGUACUACAAUACUUUCUGAAGUUAUUACUCUGUACAGAGCUGUAUGACCCUUGUAGGUUUAGCGCUUUUUUGAUUAUUAUAAUUAUAAUAAUUAUACAAUACUGUACAUAAAAUAAGCAAAGGGGAUGUGAACAUAAGAAAUUUGGUUUAAUGACACUACUGUAAGUCAAAUAUUAGUAAAUGCACAGAAAUAAUGUUCCUUA